UGCCCUGGGCCCGCAGCGGGCCGGGCACCGGUGGAGCGGCGCGGUCCCGGGGCGGCCCCGCGGCGUUGGGUGCCGCGUCCCGGCGGUUCUGCCCCGAGCGCGGGGCUCCGGCCACCGCAGGGAAAGGGUAUUUUGGGGAGACGGGCUGGGAAAUGCGAGUGACUGCCGGGCAGACCGCAGGGCGCCAUGGUAACGGCAGGGCGGAUAACGGGAUGCGAGCGGGGCCCGCGGGCCCGGUGCUGAGCCGGGCGGAGAGCCGAGCCGGGACAUCCACGCGUGACGGUGGCAUCGGGGUGCCCGCGGCUCCCCCUGCUUUGUCGCCGCGCUGUUUGCCUUGGCUCUGCACUGCGAGUUAUAAAUAAAAACAGCUCACCCAGAGUGUGUGAGUCACCGUCCUCGCUGCGGGGGUAACUGCGUGGAAACACGAUCCGGGAGUGCGAGGAGCGAGCGCAUCGCUUGGUUAACUUCAUCCAAAUGGCCAUGGGACGAGCCCUGACUCCACGUGGGGCAGGGUGGGCUGUGGGGUGCCCCCGACACCACAGGAGCUGUGGGUGCCCCAUCCCUGGAGGUGCCUAGCGCUAUGGAUGGGCCCGGGGCAGCCUGGUCUGGUGAGGGGCAGCCAGCCCGGGACAGGGGUUGGGGCUGGGGGGCCUUUAAGGUCCCUUCCAGCACAAGCCAUUCUAUGACUGAUUCUACAAACACUCCUGUCCUGCUCCACAGCCCGUGUUUCCCUCAGGCUGACAUGGCUUGGAGCAGCCAUGCCCCAGUGUCGCCUCCUGUCAUGCUCAGGGAUGCAGGGAGAGGAAUCCUGGCAGCACUCAGCUCCCCGCACAGCCAGCCCUCAGCUGCCCGCUUUGUGUGUCUGACCACAUCCCUUGCCGCUGACCCCAACACAGUGCCUGUGGUACCUAGGUACCAUGUCCUUCUGCUGCCCUAGCAUGCCCGUGAGUUGGGGAGAGGGAUGUUCUGUGCCCCGCAUUUUAUCCUGGGGGGUGGGAGUAGAAAGAAGUAGCGGAUGGUGACAGCUGGCUGGGGGAUUUGCUGAGGGCAUUACUUAAUGCUGUGGGUAAACGGAGAAACAGUGGCUAAUUCUGGAGCCUGUAAUCCUCUUCCUCCUCCAGGGAUGGGGAGUGUGCCAGUCACGCAGAUGCCAGUGCCCCAGGGAUGAGCCCCCGGCCUCUCCCCAGGUGUGCCGUGAGCUGCAGCCAUUCCCAGACUGUGGGCGAUGUGCAAGAGGUGAGGGAGGUCCAGCUACAUACACCUCUCCUGCCCUGAGCAGCUGCACUGGCACCAUUGCCUGGCUGGUAGAGCUGCACCAGGGCUUGUCCCCUAUCCUGCCAGGAGCUGCCUGGGCUCCCAGGGAGGGGGACAGACUGGGCGGAUCUUCGGUAGGGCCACCCCGAGCCUGUGCAUCUUGGGACAAAGUCCUAGACCUUGCUCAGGCCACAGACGCAGGGCACCCAUGGACAGCAGGGCACCCAGCUCCCCACUGCGAAAAGAGGGUGCUCUGCAGCAACCCAGCACCCUGCAGGACUCUGCCAGCCCCUCGCGUCCUCGGGGGCUGCUCUCUGUCAUCCAGAGGCUGAGGGGCUCACCGGGGCAGGAGCUCCGCAUCGUGCUGCUGGGGCUGGACAAUGCGGGCAAGACCACGCUGCUGAAGCACCUGGCGUCUGAGGAAGUCAGCACCAUCACACCCACCCAGGGGUUCAACAUCAAGAGCGUCCACUCACAUGGCUUCAAGCUGAACAUCUGGGACAUCGGUGGGCAGCGCGCCGUCCGGCCUUACUGGAGGAAGUACCUGGGCAGCACCGACCUGCUGAUUUAUGUCAUUGACAGUGCAGACCAGAAGCGCUUUGAGGAGACAGGGCAGGAGCUGGCAGAGCUCACUGAGGAGGAAUCUCUGAUGGGCGUCCCGCUGCUGGUGUUUGCCAACAAGCAGGACCUGGUGACGGCAGCACCUGCAGCUGAGAUUGCAGAAGGGCUGAGCCUCCACACCUACCGGGACCGAGAGUGGCAGAUCCAGGCCUGCUCGGCCCUGUCCGGAGAAGGUGUGCAGGUAUGGAGUGAGAGGCCACCAGUGCUGCAGGUGGGUAGCACCAGGCUGUGCUCAUACCUCUCUUUCCCCCAGGAUGGGAUGAACUGGAUUUCCAAGCAGAUCAUGAACAGGAAGAAGUGAGAGCUGCAAAGUGACAGAGCUGCAGG